UAUGUUACAGCCAACAUGGGGUAAACUCGGUGCCAGCGGGACUCAGGUGGUGUGAAGUAAGAAGCUGCUGCGGGUCAUUGAAUGGACCUUCACUAACAGCUAAUUUAUCUCUUAAAUAAUUCACAUUUGGAGACAUUCAGCCCCCUGCCAAAGUGAGGGCUCCCGCCGCCUCUCCAGAAUGCUCGCUUUGAGGAAAAUAUCUCGCAGGUGAUACUCGAUCGCGGUGGGCCGUGACGUGGAGAUGGUCACUUGUGCCGCCUUGCUGACACUGUGCAUAUGGAUACAAACGCAAACAGCCUCGGGACAGCACUCAUGUGUUCCUCCUCCAAAGAGGCUGCCGGAUUUCACCGUAAAAUACUCCCUCCCUCACUUCCAGACGGACAAACCCAUACAGAACAUAGCGUUGAACCUGGACGACAGUCGGUCGGACGUGUAUGUUGCGUGUCAGAACGUAAUUGAGGCAGUCAACUAUGAUAUGGAAAAAAUCUGGCAGGUUAAAACCGGACCUGUUGGCAGUCCCGACUGCGAAACCUGUGGGUUGUGCAGCACAGCAAUAGAUUCUGAGGACCCCGUGGACACGGACAACGAGGUUCUGCUCUUGGAUCGCUCUGCGUUUCCCUCUCCCUACUUGUACGUUUGCGGGAGUACUCAACAUGGGAUUUGUCACUUCAUUGACACCGGCUCUCCGCGGCCCGAGCCCGUCUGUUUAUACAAAACGGGGGAGCAAAACUCCCCGACCAGCUGUCCGGACUGUCUGGCCAGCCCCCUCGGCACCAAAGUCACCGUCGUCGACGACGGAGCCACAACGUUCUUCUUCGUCGCAGCUUCUGUCGAUGGCCGAGUGGCACAGAGGUACCCGAGGAGGUCGAUAUCGGUAGUGAGGCCACUGGCAACUGAGGAUGGGUUUUACUUGGUCACGAACGGCCUGACGGUGCUCCCCGGUCUGCAGGACUCUUACAAGAUUGAUUACAUCUACAGCUUCUCCACCAAGGAGUUCGUCUACUUCCUGUCGCUGCAGAGAGAAAACCCUCUCAGGAACAACUCGGCUUUUCAGACUCGCCUUGGACGACUGCCGAUACACACUCCGGAGGUGUGGAUGUACAGAGAGUUGGUCCUGGACUGUCGCUACGAACCAAAGCGCAGGAGGAGACAAAGCGAUAAGUUCAAAGACAUCGUGUACAAUGGGCUACAGGCGGCCCACUUUGGUCGCAGCGGGCAGGACUUUGCAAAGGAGCUGAGGGUGAAAGAGGCCGAGGACAUUCUCUAUGGGGUGUUCGCAGAAGUGAACGUGCACGGUGAAGCUAAAAAAAGCUCAGCCCUGUGUGCCUUCCCUCUGACUGAAGUAAACCUGGCCAUAGAAACAGGUGUGGAGGUCUGCUGCAAGUCGGGAAAAGAGCAGCUUUCGAGAGGUCUCUGUCACUUCCAGCCCUGCGAGAGCUGCCCACAUGAAGGCUCUGAAGGUGGUGACACCUGCAGUGCCAAACCCACUCUCGUGUCAAAGGCUUACUACAGAGUAGACGUCUUCAACAGGCAGAUGAGUGACGUCCUUUUCACUUCUAUCCUGGUCACCACUGUUGGAAAUCACACGCUCGGUCACUUUGGUACCUCGGAUGGCCGCAUUCUGCAGGUCAUUCUUUCUCUGUACGGGCCCGUUGUUUUUGCCAAUUACUCACUUGGAGAGGAUCCAGUGUCCAGGACAGCAGAUGUGUACUCAAACGAGUCCCUUCUCUUCGUAGUGGGAAAUAAGAUGUUCAGGGUGCCCUCUGCAGGACCAGGGUGUGCACAUUUCAUGACGUGCUCCAUGUGUUUGACGGCUCCACGCUUCAUGAACUGUGGCUGGUGUGCGGGACUCUGCUCGAGGCGGCACGAGUGCAGCACUGGGUGGAACAAAGACUCCUGUGCACCUGUCAUAACGGAGUUUUUCCCCAAAACAACACCUGCUGGUGCUGAGACAGAAGUGACCCUGUGUGGCUGGGAGUUCCGGUCUCCUGUGCCACCCGCCAUCAUCAGCGGCAAGACCCACACCGUCACAGUGGGCUCUGGGACCGUGUGCAGCGUGCUGCCCAAAAAGAGCAGUAGCCAAGUUCUAGUAUGCAAGAUUCAGGAAAACACUCCAAACCAGGACCUCAACAUCAGUCUGGAAGUCCACGAGGGGGAGGCUGCGGGCCGCUACUCAAUCGAAGGAAUCUCACAGAUUCCUGGCUUCUCUUUUGUGGAGCCGAUCAUCACAGCGCUCCGGCCUGAACGUGGGCCUGCGUUUGGAGGAACGAGGGUUACACUGACAGGAAGAUCUCUGGAUUCUGGGACGCAGAGAGACGUCUUCUUUGGGAACAAGAAGUGCACCAUCCAAAGUGUUCGCAAAGAAAACGGGCUUUCUUCGAUUGUCUGCCUUACAGCAGCUUCAGUCAAUGUUGGAGAGGUGCCUGUGACAAUCGUCAUUGACAACUUUAAUGUGACAACCACCAAGAAGUUCUCCUUCAAGAAAGACCCUGUUAUAACCGCCGUUUAUCCUAACUGCAGCUUCCAAAGUGGCUCCAAGCUGGUGGUCGAGGGUCAGAAUCUUGACUCUGCCCACGUAACUGUGGUUGAGUACACAUCCAAAAGUCCCAACAUACAAUCCCUUCGACGAAUCUGCAGCGGCACAAGUCAUGGAACAUAUUUGGAGUGCUGGGCACCGACCUUUCCAGAAAAACUGCCUGAAGAAAAGUCCGACACAGGAAUCAUUUCUAUUUACAUGGAUGGGAAUAACCUUUGGAAGAAGGUUAUGGACUACCACCCUGAUGCCAAAAUCAUUCCUUUCGAAAACGAUGACAAGGAAUUAACGUUGAAACCCGGGAUGACGGAAGUUUCACUGCAUCAUAGCAAACUGAACACAGUGAGCUCAUGCAUGACGAUCGCGAUGACCAUCGGGGGAGUGAACUGCAACGCCAUCGUCCUGUCCAACGAGGUGACCUGCAGGAUCCCCAAAGGCCUGGUUAUUCCUAGGGAGGGACUCCCUGUCGAGGUGCGGGUGAACGGGGAGGUUCACGCCGUGGGCACAGUCGUCAACGACAACGGCAACAACAACACCGUCAUCGCGGGGAUCGUGGUGGGCGUCAUCGCCGCGUCAGCGCUAGGUGCUGCCGUUGCGUUAGUUGUGAUGAUCCACCUGAGGAAGAAAAAGAGAGCCAACGUAGAGAACCGUUUGUCAACAAUGCUUUCACGCAACCGAAUUGGCAGCGGCCAUGAUAUCUCUCCGACAGGGGACUACAGACGAGUGGAUCUGUCCAGUCAAACAUCAGGUUCAGGAGGAAGGGCAUUCCAAGGUUUAUUGUAUGCUGCAAGCAAUGACCAUCUGUCCAUUCCUUUAAUAACGAGGGACAAUAUCUCAAUGGUCAGUCUGAGCUCGGAACUUCUUGAAGAAGUCAAAGAUGUUCUGAUCCCAGCUGAGAUGCUUCGACUUGAGGAUAGCCAGAUAAUUGGCAAAGGCCACUUUGGUACAGUUUAUCAUGGAUACCUGAUAGACAGCAAUAAGCAAGAGACCCACUGCGCUGUGAAGUCACUGAACAGGAUCACAGAUUUGAGGGAGGUGGACCAGUUCCUCAGAGAGGGCAUCAUCAUGAAAGGUUUCCACCACCCCAACAUUCUGUCUCUGCUGGGAAUCCUGCUGCCCAAAGAAGGGCUCCCUCUGGUGGUUCUGCCGUAUAUGAAGCACGGAGAUGUGCGUCACUUCAUCCGCUCUGAGAAAAGGAACCCAACAGUGAAAGACUUGAUUGGCUUCGGGCUCCAAGUUGCCACGGGGAUGGAAUAUCUAGCACAGAAAAAAUUUGUCCACAGAGACCUGGCAGCACGUAACUGCAUGCUCGAUGAAACCUUCACAGCGAAGGUGGCCGACUUCGGCAUGGCGAGGGACAUCUACGACAAGGAGUACUAUAGCAUUCAAGAUCACAAGCAGGUAAAGCUGCCAGUGAAGUGGAUGGCCAUCGAAAGCUUGCAAACACAAAAGUUCACCAUCAAGUCGGAUGUGUGGUCGUACGGCAUCUUAUUGUGGGAGCUCUUGACCAGAGGGGCCAGUCCGUAUCCAAGCGUGGACCCUUACGACAUCACACACUACUUGUUGAAGGGACGCCGGCUUCCCCAGCCGCAGUUUUGCCCCAACACACUCUACUCUGUAAUGCUGACCUGUUGGGACCCGGAGCCCGAGUGCAGACCGAGCUUCAGCAGCCUGGUAACCGAAGUGCACCAAAUCCUGUCCAGUCUGGUAGGAGAGCACUACAUCAAUCUGAAGGUUACCUACGUCAACUUGGACCAGCCACGGGCCUACCCGUCCCUCACUGGGUCUGCAGAUGAGGCUGAGGCCUCAGACUCGGACACAGACGGUGCUGCUGCCAGCUGAGGAUGCAAACCUGCACACGUAACUGAUUGAAAAGACACUCUAGGUACGACAAACUUGUUUUUCGCAGCUGAGACCAAGCCGCGGCUGGAAAUGUUCCCAUCCUUGCUACUGCGUUUUAUUUGUAUCAAAAUGGAGUGUGAUGAAAUGAAUGUGAGGUGUGCAUUUGUUUUCAGACUUUUAGAAUAGGAUGUUCUUGUAGAUACAAUAGACAGUUUGACUGUUAAACACGAUCAAUUUCAUCAAUUUCAAUGUCAACUUUCUGUUUUAUUACACAAUUCUCCUGCUAUUUGGGGAGAUCAUAAAAAUAAUCUCUUCAUAGAGGAAAUAGAAUGAGUACCUAAUACAAAGAACAUGUACACGUGAAAGCGUCCCACGGGAUGACAAUUCACUCGAUGUUCUCACAUUUAUAGCCAUUGAUAAUUUGCCAAAAGCCUUCUUCCUUAAUUAAACACGCUUCAAUCGCUGCUGCAGUGCAGUCUGCCUACUGCAGCCGGCUCAACACAACCAGGACCACUACAAUGUAUUUAUUCAACCAAACCAACACAGCAUAACAUUCUGUCCACAAUGUGUCCUCUGUUUCCUUCAUGUUAUUACAAUGAUCUUCACAGCAAAUGAAACAAUCUAUUAGGAUUGAGAAUUUUGGCACUGAUUUGUCAAUGUUCGAACUGACAAUGUGUUUUUUUUAAAAAUGAUGUUGACCAACAACCUUUCUACCCCUGGUAAUAAAAUUGGUUCAUCACUGCA